AGCCUGGCCCACUCCUGACUUCCGCCAGCCUCGAGUCUGGAGUCGUGGCCUUCCCCGCUCUCGUCCCCUCUCCUGCGGCGUCCGAUCAUGUUUGGCCUGCGGAAAAACGCGGUGAUCGGCCUGAACCUGUACUGCGGCGGCGCCAGCCUCGGCGCGGCCGGCGGUUCUCCGGCGGGGGCGCGCCUGACCGCCGAGGCGGCCAAGGCGCGGCGCGAGGGGGGAGGGGAGGCCGCCCUGCUGCCCGGCGCGCGGGUGGUCGCUCGGCCGCCGCCCGUGGGCGCGGAGGACCCCGACGUCACCGCGUCGCCCGAGAGGCGGCAGCUGCGGGCGCCCGGCCUCCUGGCCGUGCCGCGGGGGGAGCUGGCCGCGCCGGCCGCCGCCAUCAUGCCCGGUGAGGAGGAGCUGGACGGCUGCGAGCCCGAGGCGCUCGGCAAGCGGCCGGCCGUGCUGCCCCUGCGGGAGCGCGGGAGUGCGGCGGCCGCCGACGGCUCUCUGCCCUCCACGCCGCCGUCGGCCGAGGAGGAGGAGGAGGAGGAGGACGAGCUGUACCGCCAGUCGCUGGAGAUCAUCUCGCGCUACCUGCGGGAGCAGGCGGCCGGCGCCAAGGACGGGAAGCCGCUGGGCGAGGCGGGCGCCUCGGGCCGGAGGGCGCUGGAGACCCUGCGGCGCGUGGGCGACGGGGUGCAGCGCAACCACGAGACGGCCUUCCAGGGCAUGCUUCGGAAACUGGACAUUAAAAACGAAGACGAUGUCAAGUCUUUUUCUCGAGUGAUGGUCCAUGUUUUCAAAGAUGGCGUAACAAACUGGGGCAGGAUUGUGACUCUUAUUUCUUUCGGUGCCUAUGUGGCCAAACAUUUGAAGAGCAUAAACCAGGAAAACUGCAUCGAACCAUUAGCAGAAAGUAUCACAGAUGUUCUUGUCCGAUCAAAACGGGACUGGCUUGUCAAACAAAGAGGCUGGGAUGGGUUUGUGGAGUUCUUCCACGUGCAGGACCUAGAAGGCGGCAUCAGAAAUGUGCUGCUGGCCUUCGCGGGUGUGGCUGGAGUGGGGGCUGGGCUGGCCUAUCUGAUCAGAUAGCCUUGGGAGUGCUAGGUGUCUCUUAACUCCAGCCACCAAACUGCGUGCUUCUGUGAAAACCAGUGUAUUUAUGAAGUUGGACUUGAAGCUGCCCCGGCUUUUAACAAUCCAGGAGUUCCACUCUAGCAACAUAGCCAGAAAUAAAGCAAGUGGCUACAGGAUUGUGGCCAACAAGAAUAAAUACAUGGGGAAAGUGCUCCCUCUUGAAGAGUUACUCUCUGAAAGAAGCAAAGUUUUCACUCAGCAGACUUUGGGAGGCCAUGGAGGACUUGUAGAUUGGACGAAAGUGGUUAGAUGGACAGACUUGAUUUCCUUGUCCUGAACGGAGUGGCCAGUCGUCAGGCUAGUCAUAGAGCUCAAUAAAUAUCAGAAUCCACCACUGUAGUGUCGCAAAGAAGCACUAAUAAUGACGGUGACCUGUGCAAAUGGAUGUAAGCUGCAAGUAAAAACUUUGACUGGAAGCCACAGGAGUGAACGAGAAUGUGAAGGGAGGCACGCCACGGGCGCCCGCGAUCUCCCAGGUGUGCUUGUUGACAAAGCCCACGUGCUCAGGAUGUGUAGGCCUGUCUACUUUGGCUUGGUUUGGAUGAUUCUUAAGUUUAUUAGCCUAGUAAUGGCCAAAAGUACUUGACUAAGCUUCCACUAAUUAGUUACAAAACUGAAAAGCCUCAAUUUUUAAGAGAAACAACAUAUAAAAUGUAUUUGUCUGUAAAAAUUGUAUAUAUUUUUACAGAAAGUCUAUUUCUUUGAAUAUAAAAGAGGGAAGGCUCUGAUUUAGUUUUUCCAUACCCUUUUGAAAAGAUUUGCAACUUGUAGUUAAAAUCUAUUUCUUACAGCUUUUUAGAACUUUGUCAUGACCAGUACUAGAGUAUACACAGAACCAGCUGCGCAUGCACUGGCUGUAGUGAGGCAAAUCAGAUUCACAACUAUGCAGGCUUAAUUUUCCAGUCUGAUUUUGUAUUGCAGGUAGAUGUAAGACAUUUGACCCCCCCGGUGACUUACUAAAUUGUAAAGUGGUUUGGGAAUUCAGGCUAGAGUCAUAACCAUGGUGCUAUUCACAAGCUUACUUGUUUAAUACAAGUUUAAGCCUGGUGUUGUCAAUAAAACAAGUAUGUGUUUCUUUUCUACUAAUGAUUGCUAAGCUUUGUUUUGAAUUUCUGUGUUGGUUUCUCUAGGUGUCUCACUGUUAUAUAGAAUUAACCAUUCUUAAAUCCUGACUUGUGAUGCUCCCUCUGGUCCCUCUACAGAUAGAAUUGAGGUCCACACAUCCUCACCCCCCAACUAGGAACAUAAGUCAUCUCCCUCCUGUCAGUCAGCAGAGCUUUGUCUCCUUAGAGGCUUUGAGGCCUUUGACCAACAGGAGCAAUGUGGGUAGUAUCAAAAGUCACAGCUUUAACUGUCCCAGAGUGAGUAUGCUCACUUAAAUUUAGAGAAAGGAGGGUUUUGUUAAGCCUCAGUUAUCUGAAAGCUGACUGGUAAACUGGAGGAGGUUGUUUAAGCUGUGGUCAUUGGGAAGCUUCAGUCUCAGAGUGACCUUUAGUCAGGACUGCAGAUAAAAAUAGGCAUGAAUCAGAUGACUAAGAAUGCAAUGGGGAAGAAGUGCCCUGCCUGUCCAGCCCAGCCCGAGGUCAUCUUGUUGGAGCUGUUUGUACCUAUGUAUUUAUCCUUCUUGGUUAUAAAUGGCUUAUUUAUGUUUAUCUCUUGGAAUUAAAAGCACUUUACAUAGUUUGACCCUACAGGUUAAGGUGCCUAGAAGGCGCGCUCCCAUAUCCAGUUGUGGAAGUUUGUGUUUGUACCGGUCUGUUCCUAGUGGGCUGUUCUGGUUCCAGGGCCAUGCAGACUUGGAGAGCCCAAGUGGUUGAGAAAAGGGGUUUAUUUGGAGGGAGAAGAGGCACGGUCCAAGUGCUGCCUAGCUGCGUAGUUGAGACACCCUCCAGAGUGAAGGGGGAGGGGCUGCUGGAAAGAUAGCUCUCAGCAAACUUGUCUUACACUUCUCAGGGAAAACCAUACCGUCUUCAAGCAUCCAUGUACAUUCUAGCUGGGGUGGUGAACACCUUCAAUCCGGUAGAACCAGCAUUUUUAACACCUGUUCCUAAAAGGGUUAGGACCAACUGCAAGUUAAUGUGGGUUGUAAAAAAAUGUGUUUCCCUAACUUGUUUCUUCUCUUAAGGAAAAAAAAAUAAACCUUUUUUUUUCUCCUCCAAA